AUGUCUUGCUGCGGAGGAAACUGCGGGUGUGGCUCUGCCUGCAAGUGCGGCAAUGGCUGCGGAGGGUGCAAUAUGUACCCGGGGCUGAGCUACUCGGAGGCCGCCGGCGCCGCCGCGGAGACCGUCGUUCUCGGCGUCCCACCUCAGAGAACAAGAACAUUUGAGGGGUCGGAAAUGGCUGUGGCCGGGUCGGAGUACGACGGGUGCAAGUGCGGGUCCAACUGCACCUGCAGCCCAUGUACCUGCAAAUGA